GAUUUUGCCACCUAAUUUUUCUUUUUUGUUUUGUUGUCAUGUGAAUUGUCUCCAUUAAUAUUUGUGGUUCGCUUUAUUACUUAACUAUUUUCUGAGGUAUAUUUUUUUUGUAAAAAACGAAUUAUAGAUCUGUCAUCCUUGUAUAACCAUCUGGUGUCUACAUAAGUUUGAUAUCUAACACCAAGGCCAGACAAUGAUUGUAUAACCAUCUGGUGUCCGUAUAAGCUUUGAAAAUGUCAUCCUUUUGCAAGCGAUCAAAUAUCUUCUAGCAUUAUUAUUCAGAUGGCAAGACUGGUCGCCAGAAGCUACUCAAGCAGAAAGGAUGUGUUGUUUGCAUCACGGGCCUUUAGUGCUUCAAAUAACCAAACCUUGCUUUCUCUCAAACUAGUUUGUUGUGUUAUAGAACAAAAGGAAGAAAAUUACAGAUUGUUACAGUAUUCCUGGAAGAAAUACUUCCAUUGCUGGACCAUGGGUUACUUAAUAAGUAGAAUUUUUGGGCUCCUAAUAAAGUACCAUAAUGUUUUGUUAGGACUAUGUUUUUAUGCAGCAUAAUCAGGUUAUGAAGCACGAAUUGUACAUCAGCUUUCAGGUGCCAAGUUCAUUCCGACAUUAAAGUAUCCCCUACAUUGGACUUGAAGGACGAUAGCAAAUCUGAAACUUGGAGGAUCAAGAUGCUCUAUGACGGUGAUUGCGCUCUCUGUAUGCGUGAGGUAAACAUGCUGAGGGAAAGAAACAAAUCCUAUGGGGCAAUAAAGUUUGCUGACAUAAGCUCUAAAGAUUACUCUCCAGAUGACAAUGAAGGCCUUGAUUAUGAAAUUAUGUGUAUCACUUCAAUUUAUUUGACUUUUCUUGCUCACCCACUCUAUGAUUUCUCGUAGUGAAAUUGGUCAUGUCGUGUUUUGUUUCCCAAAGGCUAUGGUGUAAACAUUGCUUUGGUCAUGUCGUAUUUUGUUUCUCAAACUGAUUUCUAUCAAACACCAGGGCAUCCGAAGCGGAGUCGUCGGAGGACUUGGUUACGACUUCUCGUUCUUGAUGCUGUUCUUCACGUAUGGCCUUUGCUUCUACGUCGGUGCGCAGUUUGUGCGCCAGGGGAAAACUACCUUUCUAGAUGUUUUCAAGGGUUUUUUCGCGUUAGUUCUGGCAGCUAUUGGAGUCCCGCAGGCGAGUGCGCUGGCUUCUGAUGCGACCAAAGCAAGGGACUCUGCUAUUUCCAUCUUCGGCGUUCUGGACAGGGAGUCCAAAAUUGACUCCAGCAGCGGCGACGGGAUGACGUUGGAGAAUGUCAGUGGCAACAUCGAUUUCAGCAACGUCAGCUUCAAGUACCCACUGCGUCCUGACGUCCAGAUAUUCAGCAACUUCACCUUGUGCAUUCCUGGAAAGGAUUCCGGCUCUCAUCAAGUGACUCCUCCCCCUCACGUUGACUUUGCGGACAGAUGUCUCAAUUCUAGUGGUGGAGCUACGAACAACAAUCCAAUGUCCUGAUCGAGAGCGAUGGAGCUAAUGUUUGAACUUGUGCGUUUGAACUUGUGAACUAUGGAUGAGAACUUGUGUGAAUUUGUGAACUUAUGUAUUUGGACUUAUGUGAAUUUGCGAACUUAUAUAUAUGGACUUAUGUGAAUUUGUGAUAUGAACAUAUAUCAAUGUAUUUGAAAUCUGUAUUGUAUGUGAUAUAUUGUGUUGCAUGUGAUAUUAUGUGUGUCUAAUUUUU